AUGGGAAAAGUGAAUGUCCGAAGCGGUCACCAGAUGAGGGCUGUGCCUGCAAGCGCCCUCCGAUUAAAGGACCGCGACAAAAGUUCGUGCUGGGACUCUCACGGUUCGAUCGCCCUCUCGUUCUGCGUUUCACUCGUGACGUCCAUCGAUACUUCAGAAACGGCGAGUUGCUUAGUGCGAUUUCUUCGCUGGGCUUCCACUGAAAGUGCCGAUACUACGGGUCAUCCAUCCAAAUCGAUCAUUACUCAGUGCUCUUUGAAAUGGCUGAGGAAUAUGACGAUGAUUUCCAGUACAACUCAGAUUCGGGAAGUGAACUCGAAGAUGAGGCAAGCCAUCACUGCUGUUAAAUUUUUGUGGCCUCCUCGGUAUGAGUCGAAUGGCGAUCGUCGUUCUUUUUGA